AUGCAAUAUUCCGCACCAGCCUUUGGUGGAGCUGCUUCAGCAGGUGCUGCGACAGCCAGUACAACAAAGAUUAUUGUUAUUGUUGUAAUAGUAAGUGUUGUUUCAAUAGCCGUAUUUCUUGGUGUUGUUGCUAUUGCACUUGGUGUUGGACUUGGUGUUGGUCUUCGAAAAUCAUCUUCAGCUCCAACACCACUUUCUAUACCAUCACUGACUUGUGAUCCAACAGCAACAUGUGGUUGUCCAUCAGUAACGCCAGCACCUUCAACACGUAUUAUUAAUGGAAAUACUGCAACUGCUAAUAGUUGGCCAUGGAUGGUCUAUUUAACAUUUCUUAAUGGAAAAGUUUGCAGCGGUUUUAUUAUUUCACAACGACAUGUUAUUACAGCUUCUAGUUGCGUUAAAAAUAAUGGAUUGAAUAUAACUGUAUAUAUUGGUAGUAUUGCAUACCAAUCUGCAGCAGGUGGAUUAAAUAUUACCAGUGCAAAUUAUACAACGGAUAAUUUUGAUAGUAUUGCAAUUAUUACGUUAGGAACAAAUAUAACUUAUGGUACAUCAGUUAAGCCUUGCUGUUUAUCCAGUGAUUUAACUGAACCAUAUGUGGGUGAACAUGGAAUUAUUGCAGGUUGGGGUGAAACACAAACAACUACUCUUGGAAGUCCAGCUAUGACUCUUCAACAAGCAGUAGUUUCAGUUAAUCCUCAAUCUACUUGUAGUUUAUCAACGACUGAUACUAAUGAAUUUUGUGGAAGUUAUAAUUCCAUAAAUGCUUGUCCAGCCGAUGCCGGUGGUCCAUUUAUGACAGUUUACAAUAAUGCUUGGACUUGUACUGGUAUUAUAACUGGUCAAUCGUCAUGUCAAAAUCCUAUUAAAUUUACAAGAAUUGCUCCAUAUGCAGCAUUUAUAAGAAAUGUAACAUCAGUUAUAUUUUUAUAA